AUGGCAGAAUGUUCGACAUAUCACCACAACCUGACGGACGAUAGCAAGGACAGCGACACCUUGUUGGGUGGUGGGGACCAUGGCGAAAAAGAAGCAGCUCCAAUACGUUCGCGACCAUAUCAAGGCUGGGGAACCGUCCUGACAUUUGCCCUGGUGUCAUUAUUGUGUAUUCUUCUUGUCGUGGACAUUACGCUACGAAUCACGAACUUAGCAGAGAAAAGGAAAGACGGGAGCAGACUCCAUCGAAGUUUCGGUAGCAACGAGAGCUACAUGUCGCUGGAUCACAAGUACGAUCACCUAUGGGACCAUGAAUUCGCUGCGAAUAACGCCGUUGUGUACAUUCCUCCUGACGGCAAGAGCCUGGGUGUUGGCAGCGACGAGGAAAUAGAACCUGGUGCAAUCACGAUGUUCCACCAACUCCACUGCCUGACAUCAAUCCGCAAAAUCAUGCAAUUUGCUCGCGAAGGUGGACAGAUUGGCCUCGACAACCGCGACGACCAUCAUUGGCCACACUGUCUAUACUAUCUGCGGCAAGCGAUUCUGUGCAAUGCUGACGGUACGAUCGAGAGGCCACCGCCAAUGGUCAAUGGCACCAGGGGAAUGAUCAAUGGGGCCCAUGACAUGAGAGUGUGUCGAGACCCCAGCGAGCUUUAUGAGUUGAGGGAGAAAUAUGGAUCUCGAGCAAAGAAUGAGCCUCUGAGCGGAUUAAGUCGAAUCAAUAGUUCAUCAGAAACAAUCUAA